AUGCUGCACGGCCUCGCCGUGUUCGCGCUGUGCAACCUCGAGUCGCAAUGCGAGGACCUCUCCGCGGCCUCCGCCGAGCUCCACGCCGCGGCCCUGUACCACCGCGCGCGCCUCCUCACCGAGAUCCAGCACACCCUGGCCACGGGCCACGUGACCGACCUCCUCAUCUCCGCCCUCACCCUGCUCAUCACGGUGGACGACCACCUCGCCAACGUCGCCUACAGCCGCGCGCACACCGCCGGCUUCGAGGCGGUGAUCCGCGCCCGCGGCGGCGAAAGCCAGGUCGGCAGUUCCGUGCCGGCCAUCAGCCAGGACCUGCGGACGGCGGCGAACGUCGCCCGGAGUCUGUUGGUGCUGCACAUGCAGACAUCCCUUUCUUCCGACGAGUCAGAGUCGGCGUCACCUUCCCCUCCUCCCCCCACCCGAGCAUAUCCUCCGACCGGGGACUGGGACACCUACAGCCUGACCCAGACCCUCGAUAUCCCCAAGGGCUUCGCCACGUUAUUGAAGCAGGGCCGCAUCACCCCGGCCUCGCUCGAGAUCCUGGCCAGUUUCCACGACUGGCACGACCGCUACCUGCUCGUCGACGACCCCAGCAACAUCCCCGUGUGGCGCCACAGCGCCUCGCGCCCGUUGAACCGGGUCGAGAAAUGCAUCUUCGUCGCCUUGCUGUGUCUCGCCGACGACGUCAGCCACAUGGGCCUCCACCCGGCCGCCGUCAUCUUCCGGCAGCCCAGGAAACGCGCGGAGAUGUUGCUGGCUGUUCCCCCCUUGUGGACGGACGGUGCGUUGAAGGAUUGUUUGGUCUGGCUGUGGAUGGUGAUUACUACGCCCAGGAAUCGGGGGUUGACGCCGGUGAGGGUGCAGCGCGGGUUGUGGGAGCGCAUCGUAAGAGAGGUGCGGGGGGAUCUGCAGGCUUGGGGGGAGGUGGAGAGGGUGUUGAGGGGGUUCUUGUUUGAUGGGAGGAGGGCGGGGGUCUGGGAGGAGACUUUUGGCAAGUUGCGGGGGCUUUAG